UCUUGAAGGGCAUUUAUGUACGUAGUUUCCUCCGGGUGAUUUUAUUAGAUUUUUUCCACAAUGAUGGAAACUCAAGGUUUCACACAAGGUGCAUGUCUCCUCGCAAACUGGUUUACGAAAAGUUUGCUCUUUCCUUAUUAUAUGAUGACCAUUUUUAGCAAAUUUAUGCGUGCCAUGAUGUGCCACAUAGCACAUCGUUUGUUUUACCAACAAUUUUAUAAAGUUUUCAGAAAUGAAUGAAUCAACGUACACUUAACCUAUAGUUAGAUGUACAGUAAAUUGAGCGAGUGAGAGUGCGGUACCAUUCGCUUCAGAGCUGAAGAAAAAAGUAACAAAAUAAAAAAAAAACAGUACAAAAAAUAAAGUAAUAAUUUCAUAAUUAUUAACUUUCCCCUUAAUCAACAAUUUCUUUAUUUGGCUCGAACACCAAUUUCAGGUCACCCAAAUUGAGUGGUCGCCAUCCGACUGAGUAUAUAAGGAUUUCCCGGGAGUUAGCGAAACCAGAAGCAGUCAAUAGCUAGAAGAAUUGAGUCGCUCCUAUCCUUGGUGCUCCCAACUCCCAGAAGCUAGAAAAAUGUUAAACAAGUUAGCUGUUGCUUGCAUUUUUGCCGCUUUCGCUGUACUUAUUUUCCCGCUUAUUCAAGGACAAGAGGGUGAGCCUGCUGUUGUAAUACCUGAAGACUGCAUGAAAUGUUUGUGUCGAGCGAGCUCAUUUUGCAAUUUGACUGCCCCGUGCACAACUGGAUCCCAAUACCUCUGCGGCCCUUUUCUCAUUGGGGUUAAUUACUGGGCAGAUGCAGGGCAACCUACCCUCAAACCAGACGACGAUCCUAACGCAACAGGAGCCUUUGAGGCUUGCGCACAAGAUAAAGCUUGCGCUGAACGAACUGUUCGUCUGUAUAUGAACGAAUAUGCUCAGGAUUGCAAUGAAGACGCCGUUACUGAUUGUGAGGACUUUGCUCGCAUCCAUGUUUUGGGAAAAUCCGACUCCUGCUUUGCUAAGAUGGAAGGUUUACCGUUCUACACAGAGUUUCGCAAAUGUCGGGAUGGCCCUGUCGUAGUGUGAUAGACUUUUACUAUUAUAGCAGUCCCAGUCCAAAAUUUAUUCCAGGCAGUGCAUACCCAUUUUAUUUGCUACAUUUACCUCAUUUUGCGGAAAUGAGCAACCGUAUAGCAUCACCUUUCCAAAAGGCGACUGCGAUAACCUGAAUGGUUACUUAUAAACCCUGCGCUUAUCCCUUUUGAUGAUUUGUUAUUGUUUUUAUAUUGUACGAAUAAAGCGGUUGGUCAAAA